CUUCACAAAUAUCUUUCUCAGGAUGGCAUCUGCCCCGGAUCCAGAUGUGCCGGCGGCUGACUCUAGCCUCGCCCCCGAAGCAGCAUAUGGCAAACUGCCUUUCGAUCAAUUCGUCUUAGACUCAUGGGAAUAUACAAUCCCGGUCGAACAGGAUCAGAAACAAUGGAAUGAGAUUGCUAUACAAUGGCUUGGCAUGGAUUAUACAAGUAGACGAGCCUAUCAUGUCACUGCAUUGAAGCUGAGCAAUGUUACCUCGGACGAUGCUCGGAUGCCAACACCGGACCAAAUCCAUCGUGUUCUAAUGCCGCAUCAAACGACAGAAGAGCGCAACCGAGCUCUGACCGUGCCUCAUUGUUUGUGGAUCAGGACUUGUUACGAGCCAAAUCUCACCUCGGUGUUCGCCGAUAUGACAAGGUUUAUGGUUGCUCCCAACGCAAAUUUCUUGAUUGACAACCAGACCCUCUACGACGUGGGUGAUGACUGGUCCAAAGUUUUUUUGCGCAUGCCGCACAUUCCAGAUGUGGAGAUGUAUUACGCAGAUCCGGACGUUGUGGACUACGAAGUGGAAUACGAGCCACCAGAAGAAGUUGACUUGCAGCCACUGUAUGAUGCUGACCUCAAAAUGAAGUGUGUGCAUUUUCUAUUGGACAAGGAGGCUUUGCAGAGACAAUUGCUCAAGGUACUCUGGCUAGAUAGACACGGGAAGCUGGUGUGGUGGAAUUGGAUGGCGCCUUCAAAUGUGCAGGCUUUUGAGGGCCUGUUGAAUGGAUUAGGAAUUGGCCUUAGCAGAAUUAUGGAAAUGGCUGAAGUAGACGCACAAUACCGCGAGAAAGGCGUUGUAGUGCCAUACGAUGAUUACUAGUUGGGAAGUUUUGGUGGAUGUAUGGUAAGAUGUGUUCUCG